GCGCCGUUGAUCCAAAGGCGGGGGUGUGCCCGCGGCACCGAGGGCACGGCUGCGCGGUACCGUCGAGGCGCUCGGCGUGAGCAAGGAAAGGGUAUCGGGGGCAUGCUGGGCCUUGUGGCGGACGCUUUACGCGCUGCUAAUGUGAUGGGAGACGAUCGUGCUUCGUGCUCGGUGGUGAAGGUGGGGGAGGGCGGCGCCCUGGUCACGGCCUACCGCGAGGCUGUCAGUCUGACAGGCGACUACCAGGCUCGUCAUAGCCUCCUGGAGGUGUCUAUGAGGUCCCUCACUCCUUCGAAGGAGUCCUCACCAAAGCUGGAUAUCGGCUGGACUGGACCCUCAGUCUGCGUGCAGGCGCUCGCUCAAGUGGAUAUGCUGAAGGCGCCGGACCUGGUGUAGCUUGUGGGGGCGGUGGAGACAAUCAUCAGCGACCUCGUCGACCUGUAUGCUGCGUUGUGCCAGCGCGCAGUGGACUCUGUGGCGCACGCAAGUUUGGUGCUAAGGAAGGCGGUGCAUCGGCUGUAGGCUGCACUGGGAUUCUCUGGGCUCGCCGGCCCGCACGGCGAUCCAGCAGCUGGUCUCGGUGCCUUCGCCGAUGGCUUGCACGGUGGCACCGUUGAGGGACGUGUCGGUGCUUGCGCAGCCAUACCUGCAGGAGUUUGUGCUGUGCGACCCGGUGCAGGACGUGUGGCGCGUCCCGCUGCGGGUAUUCCACACCGCGGCGUGGUGCAUCUUGAUCUAGGCUGUGGACGAGACAAGCGUGUGCAGACUGAGGGCGUGGAUUUCGUUUCUUGUGUGCUUGUGCAGAGGCCCACGCAGUUGUGCAGCCUCUGCCGGCGUGCGUCGAGGGCCAGCCGUUGGAGUAACGCCCUGCUGCACAGUGCAGGACUGUGA